AUGUGGCCUCCUGCUGGCCUUGUUUGGAGACGAUGGGAGGAACACUGUGGGGGAGUGGAAAGAGGCACUGGACAGAGGGACCAGUCAAAGGGAGGCUCCGCGGCUCAGGGCCCCUGUUGCGCAGUGCUGCAUGGGGUCAGAACUGGGAAGGACGUCACAGGCAGCAGUGGUGACCUCCCCUCCACCGAGCGCUCCCAGCCUCCGGUGCCAACACUCAAGACAGCCAUGUGGUGGAAGGUGCCCCUGCUUGUGGGGUUCAUUGUGCUGGGAACACAUGUCUGCAGCUGCAAAUUUGUAGACACUGAUAAGAACUUGGAUUAUUUCCCCAGUGCUGUGGAGUAUGCUGUGUUUCAGUUCAAUGAGGACCAGGAGGAUGAGUUUGCCUACAAGUUUCUGGGGGUCCACCGGAGCCAGCGCAAGUCAUGGACAUGGACAUAUUUAAUGGACUUGACGAUGGGGCGUACCGUUUGUAAGAAACACGAUGAAGACAUUGACAAUUGCCCAUUGCAAGAAGGAACAGAAGAGAAAAUGGUGCGCUGCACUUUUAUAGUAGAUGUUCAAUGGUGGUUUUCCCAGUUUACCCUCCUGAACAGCACCUGUGGGGAGAGAAGGUGGUGACAGAGCCCAUGGAUUUUCACAGCAGAAGCCCCCUCUUCGUCUAGAGUGUGACAGUCUGUAGUCCCAGAUCUGUGCAGCCCGGCAGAAUU